AUGUCUGAGCAACAAACCCCUCAGUCCACUCGCAAGCGGACCGCGCGCCAUAUCGCCUCCGACGACGAACUUGAAUCGAGCACUGCCAAAGCUAAGAAGACUGCCGCUGGCAAGAAGCAAGUCGACCCAAAACCAGCGCCGGUCAAAAUGUGCCCAUCCACCGCCGCAAAGCCCAAGCCAGGCAAGCUCGCAAAGUCCUUCAUGGCCCACAGGAAGAUUGCCAUCCCGAAGGCGCCUCAGAUCACACGCAACUCCACUAAUGUGGUUCUCCCUGGCAACCCCGUUCGCAAGCAGAAGGUCUCGGUCGGUGCCAACAUCGAGAAGGGAUACGAUCCUUUCCGCCGCCGCGACAUCAUUGACGACGCGAAGAAGGUCACGGCCGAACUCGCAACGCAGCCCGUUCUUCCGGAGGACAAAAUGGACACAUUCAUCGACAAGAACGACCCAGAGUACGAGAUCAUCCACAGCCCACUCCGCAUUCGCUACGUUCGCGUCACCACCAAGCCGAUCAACAGUGGCGGCGAAAAGGCUCUUCUCGACGACGUCCGCAAGAAUCCGGGUCACUACCCACACAUCACCUUUGAGCAAGAAAAGGACGCUCUGGGCCGGCUGGUGUAUCGCCGCCGCAAGAUCGACCCCGAGCACCUGGAGGAGCUCCGAGAGGCCGAGCGCGAGCGUCAGGCCGCUGCCUCCCGCGCUGCCUCCCGCGCCAACAAGCGCGUCAAGCAGCGUAAGGACAAGAGCGCCAUCGACCGAGCUCGCAAGCUUCUCACCAGCAUGCAGCAGAAGGUGUCUGACGGUCAGCAGUCCGCCGGCCAAGCCCGCGGUGACUCUUCCCUGGAGCACAAGUCUGCUCAUCACGGCGGCUCUUGA